UCUCUGCCUUCAAUUCCCUGUUUAUUUAAAAGCAGAGGGAAAGAGAAAACAAAAUCAAAGAGACAUUCCAGGGACCAAGAUCUCUCUCCUUGUACUGUAAAUUUCCAGUCCUCAUCAAAGACUUCUGAGUCCCUAGAGGUAAAUAUGCAAAGGAAUAAUCCCUGGAUAUCUGCAGCGGUGGAAAAACUGAGGAAUAACCCUUUUGUGAUUAAUACAGUUUUGGUGGUGGUCCUUAUUGCCUUGGAGAAGUUGGUGGAGGUGGAGUUUGUAUGUGCGUGUGAUCCAAAAUGGAAUAAAAUGAAUGUAUCUCUUUUUUUUGUUAGUCCUACCAUUGUGUUCUUUGUGCUGAGCCUGAGUAUUCAAAGACCAAGGUCAUGUAAAGCCAUUUGUUCGAGCUGCUAUCCAGCUAUUUCAUGGAUAAUCCUGCUGUUUCUUGAUGGUCGGUACUUUGCCUGUGCAAAAACAGACUGGUCAGGCACGUAUACAUUAAUGAAUGGUGCCGGUCGUCAGAGAUGGUGUAACAACUCAACUUUAGGUGUCGAUUCAAUGCUCAAGACACAGGAGUGGUAUUCAAUCUCUCAGCUCAUUGGACUUGGGAUUGCAGGAGUGGUUACUGUUCUUUAUGGAAUCAUUGAGUUCUGCUUUAAAAAGCAGUGUGAAAAACUCCAAACGUGCUGCUGUCCUGGCUUCAUCAAAUCGUGCUGCAACGAUGAAGAGCACCCAAGCCCCACAAAUGAUGCUUUGAUUCCUGAUACCACAAACGUGUAGUGGAGAGACUAAAUAAAGUCUAUCCACCACCACAUCGUAGGAGGGAUGAAGUUUCUACAUAAGAUCACCGUUUGAUCGAGAUGAGAUGACUAGUUCAGCGAGUGACCCAGUUCUUUAAAAGGUUAUUGGAUAAGCUGUCAAGUGUAACUUUAUACCAAAAAAAAAACAACAAACAAACAAAAAAGAGAAAAAAAGACAAAGGAAAAACAUGCACAACAGAAAAAUUCUGCUCCCUGUAGAUUUGGUCACGAGCAUGGAUGAGUGUCAGAUCUGAGCAAAUCCUGUAAAUCAGUUCCACUGAAAGCUACUUCCAAAAUCAGACUUCCAUACACCUUUUUUUUUUUUAAUUGAUUUUAAAAUUUCUAUGUUUGUUUUUAAGGCGAUUAACGGCCUGGCACCCACUUAUCUUUUUUGGUUUUAAGUACCACUGUACAUACUUUUUUAUUAACUGUUUUUACACGUUGGUUUUAAUGAUCCCUUUUCUGUAGGCUAUUUUUUAGGACCUUCAUAUAAAUCACUUUGGGAACCUUCUGGCUAUUACGAGCUACGUAUACAAAUAAACCUGAUUUGAUUUUGCCUUGGUUGUUAAAUCCAUUCAUCCGCUAGUGGGCAGAGUGCAUCCAGAGUUCACUUCUGGGUUUUGACAUCAGUUUUAGACACCGGUGGUGGUUGAAAUGAACCACUAAAUUGUCUGCAACUGCUUAAGUUGCUUGUCCUGCAGUUUCCGGUGGUAAUUCUUAAUUUCCUGCAUCAAGGAAUGGAUCCUCAAGGGGAAAAAUGGCCCCAUGAGUCUACAUAUCUUCGGCAUCAAGCAUAUUUGGGCCUGAAGUCUUUCAAAUGUAUUUGAUCUUGCUUUGGUUAAGGUUAUACCAAAGUAUAAGGGACAUCUGAAAACAUCACAUCUCCUUCACCUUCAACAGUGAGCGAGAAGUCAUUCAAAUUAAUUUGAGUAUUGCAGACUUUUCCCUUCAGGCAGCACAGAAUCACAAAGGGCUUUGAAUAUAUAUUUUUUUAAAUAGCAAAAAAAUGAAAAGAGAAAAUAUAGAUCAUCUGUUCUGCUUUGUCAAUAUCUUAUUGUGGGCUUUGGAGGAGGUCUAGCUUCAGAGGCAGGUAGUGUUAGGGUGAAAACUUCUCAUGGCAUCCAUUUUCUUCAUUUUAUUUUGUUAUUGUUCACUCUAUUUUAUAUUUCAUGUCAAAUAUUGUUUUUUGAUCCUUCCCCUAUAAUUAACAUUGUUUUAUGGUUAUUUUUCGAAUUGUGUAUUGAUUCUUUAUUCCUCAUCUUUCUGCAUUUGUUAGUGUAUUUGUUAUAUUCAUUUUAUAUCACAAAUUCAGCCACAAAUCAGAUAAUACGCACACACAAAUGU